AUGGGUAAGCGUUAUUUUCGCGCACAGAAUUAUCAUCAUCUUAAAGCAGAAUGCAUUAAAAAGCGACAAUUAUUUGUGGAUAUUCAUUUUCCUCCUACCAAUAAUUCAUUAUUCUUAGGGCAGGUUAAUCCUGAAAUUGAUAUAACGUGGAAACGACCUGGUGAACUUGUGGAUAAUCCGCAGCUGUUCGUAGAAGGAGCUACGCCAAAUGACGUGACUCAAGGAAUACUCGGAAAUUGCUGGUUUGUUUCAGCUUGUUCUGCACUUACACACAAUCAAGAAUUGCUUCAAAAAGUAAUACCAAAUGCUAACGAGCAAGAAUGGACAAAUGGUAAUUCUUAUUGUGGAAUAUUUCGAUUUUGCUUCUGGCGAUUUGAUCAGUGGAUUGAAGUAGUGAUUGAUGAUUUAUUACCAACACGUGAUGGAAAAUUAGUUUUUGCUCGAUCGAAAUCUGUUAAUGAAUUUUGGAGUGCUUUACUUGAAAAGGCUUUUGCUAAGCUAUACGGUUGUUAUGAAAAUUUGGUUGGUGGACAGUUAGCAGACGCCCUCCAGGAUGUCUCGGGUGGUAUAGUAGAAACAAUCAGAGUGCAAAAACAACUUAGCAGUGAUUGUAUUAAUUCUUCGGAGAAACUUUUUGAUAGGAUAAAAUCAGCAUUUGAUCAAAAAGCUCUGAUCAUCGCUGCAAUCGCUGCUAAAAAUAAAGAGGAGAUUGAAGUCACAUCGGAAUGUGGUCUCGUCAAAGGUCACGCAUAUGCCGUUACUGCAGUGCGAUUCAUCGAAUUGGAUGCUAUAAACCAUUCUUUCUUAUUUUUUCCUAAAAAUAAACGCCAAAUGAUGAUCCGUUUACAAAAUCCCUGGGGUGAGAAAGAAUGGAAUGGCCCGUGGUCAGAUGGAUCGCAAGAAUGGGAACAAGUAACAGAUGAGCAAAAAAAAGAACUUGGUAUUACAGUAAACGAAGAUGGCGAAUUUUGGAUGCCAUGGGAUGAAUUUGUUCGUUUUUUCACGGAUUUAAGCGUUUGCCAACUUUUUAACACAUCAUUAUAUAAUUUGGGAUUGAAAUAUUAUGAGUGGAAAUUUUUUGGGGAAUGGAAAACAAAUGAAGCUAAGCAAGAAGCUCUUAAUAACGAAGCUGGUGGCUGUCUUAAUUUUACGGCUACAUUUUGCUGUAAUCCACAAUAUCAAUUUGAUGUGGAUGUAGAAGGCACUGAAGUACGAUUUGCACUAACUCAAAAAGAAAAAAAUGAAGGUGAAAAACAGCGACAACCGCUAGUGACCAUUGGUAUGCACUUGAUGAAAGUAGAGGCUAAUCGAAUCUACAAAAUACAUCAGGCAAUAAAUCCACAAGCGACUUCAGCUUACAACUAUUCACGUUCGGCAUAUUUACACUGCACGAAUUUGCACCGUGGUCGCUAUAUAUUAUUCCCAACUACAUUUGCACCACGAGAAUUCGCUAAAUUUUUGCUUCGAAUUUACUCAAAUCAAAAUAUUAUUCCUCGGCUUUUGAAAAAACACGCACCAAAACGUGGUCUGUGUUCCUGCAAAGGGAUUAUUUCCGUUGCCCGUAUUACUCUUGUUGAUGCAAAACUGCACAGUAAUAAUAAAGCACUGCGAACAUAUAUUGUCAUCAGCUGCAAUGAAGAAAAAGUGAGAACACAAGUAACAGAAGGUACAGAGAUUAUUUGGAACGAAUCCUUCAUUUUCUACCGAACAAGUAUGACUAACAGAUUUAAAAUAGAAUUAAUGGAGGCUUGCGCUAUAGGAGAUCAGCUUUUGGGUGUGGUUCACAUCAUAGAGAAUGUUGAUAAUGACAGUCAAUGUUUUACAAAUGAUAUUGUAACAUUGGACGGGCAAAUAUUUGGUACUUUGAAAUUUACAAUACAAUCUUACGAUGAUCCAAUGUAUUUGUAA